GUCAUCGCCAGUUCUUGACAAUACAUAGGACCGGUCGUGCGGGGCGCGACGGGCGGGGCAGGCCGGGACGGGUGCGCCGCUCCACUCUGCAGGGUUUGUGCGAUUCACACCGUACGCGACCCACUCAGUACGACAGUUGUUCGCUGCCUGCGCGGCGCGCGCGCCUCAUCCCGUUUCCGAUUCGACGACAUUCCUUAACUUACAAUAUAUCUAGUCAAAAUGAAGUUUAGUGUUUUCUGUGAUACUAACUGGAAGUGUUUGUGCGAUAAACGAAAAAGUGGAUUAGCUCUGUAACGACACGCUACGGUUCAAAGAACAAUGCUGUGGGAAAAAAUAACGUUCAGCUGGCAUCGGCAGUCGUUCCCAGCUACCUACCGAACGUCUCUCCCCCCGCGGGCCGGGUGCCGGGUUCAAUGCGCCUCUCUGCGUUUAUUCAUCGCUUGUGGGAAAAGUUGACCCCCGUUUGAAAAAUAUUGUUAACGAAUUCACACGAUUCCUGUUCUUUUGAUGCGUGUCUAAGAUGAAUGGGUCAUCAGCUCGCUUGUGCCUGGAUCAUUAUGAGAUCACUUCCUAGACACCUGCAACUGAGUACUUCUAUCCUAAAGUGAUAAUUUAAUUUCUGUUUACUUGCAGAGGUGUCUUCAACAAUUAACUAAGUCCAAUAACUUUUUAUACGCAAGCCGUCAAGGUUGCACCAUUCCUCAGAUCGAGUUGUUUGUUUUGAGCUUUGCUGUGUUUGUCGAGUUUCGAGUUCGUCGAAAUUGUUAUCUUGUAGUGCCACGAAUUGCGUACCUGUACCUAUAUCAGAAUCAGAAGUGAUUUACUUCAUUAUUAGAUAACUUGUUUUUGGGGAACACGGAGAUGAAACGUGUCGGAUUUGCCGUUAAAAUUUAAAUUGCAUUAACUAGAUUCCGGAGGCCAUGGAUAUAGUGCGGCGCGUGAACAGUGCAAAAACUUCGCAUAGGUAGUGCCGCUAAGUGAAUUAGUGGAUAUGUGCUAGUGCUGUGUAGUGUCUAGUGUACCUAUUUGGAUUUCGCUGUAUUGUCCUCAACAUGGGGAACCAAGGCUCGUCAGCUCACGAGCCUUUCGACCGAGCUCAAACGCAGAACGCCACCGACUUGAAAAUGAAAUCGUCAGUGCGCAGUUCAUUGCGGCGGGCGCGCGCCGGCGGCGCCCUCUCGCCGCCCCGCGCCGGCAUGGAGCGCCUGCGCCGGUCCUUCCGGGAGUCCUUCCGGCGGCGCAAGGGCUCGCCGCCCGAGUCGGCGCGCCCGCACCAAUGGCACGCCGACGAGGCGGCCGUGCGCGCCGGCACCUGCACCUUCCCCGUCAAGUACCUGGGCUGCGUCGAGGUCUUCGAGUCACGGGGGAUGCAGGUCUGCGAGGAGGCGCUUAAGGUCUUACGGAAUUCGCGACGGCGGCCCGUGCGGGCAGUGCUGCACGUGAGCGGCGACGGGCUGCGCGUGGUCGACGAGGAGACCAAGGGGCUGAUGGUAGACCAAACCAUCGAGAAGGUCUCCUUCUGCGCGCCCGAUAGGAACCACGAGAGGGGAUUCAGCUACAUCUGCCGCGACGGCACGACGCGGCGCUGGAUGUGCCACGGGUUCCUCGCGUCGCGCGACUCGGGCGAGCGGCUGUCGCACGCGGUGGGCUGCGCGUUCGCGGCCUGCCUCGAGCGCAAGCAGCGCCGCGACAAGGAGUGCGCCGUGUCCAUGAGCAUCGACGCGGCCAGCCACGCCUUCACGAGGCAGGGCUCCUUUAGGAAAUCUACGAUGACGUCACGGCGCGCGUCGGAGGCGGACACGCCGCCGGUGCCGGCGCUGCCGUCUUGCGCGGCGCCGCUGUCGGCGCCGCCCGCGCAGGCCGCGCCGCGCCCCUCGCCGCACAACCCGUUCGCCGUCGAGCGGCCGCACGCCGCGCCGCACCUUCUGGAGCGGCAGGGCUCGUUUAGGGGAUUCGCGCAUCUCAAUAACAGUUCCCCAUUCAAGCGUCAGAUGUCGCUCCGCAUCAGCGAGUUGCCGUCCAACCUGGAGCGCACCCGCGCCGGCCUGGGCUCGCCGCCGCGCGCCGCGCCCGCCGCGCCGCCCGCGCCGGCGCACGCCGCCAGCCCCGCGCCGGACACCGUGCCAGAGCAGGGGUCGUAUGUUGGUCGGUUGCAGACGUGGUCGGCGGAGGGCGCGGACCCGGUGCUGGCGAUGUGCCAGCAGCUGUCGCUGGGGCUGCGCGCGCUGGCGGAGGAGCCGGUGCCGGCGGCGGCGGCGGUGGCGGUGGCGCCGGUGCCGCUGCCGGCGGGCGCGCCGGCGCCGGACGCGUGGCUGGGCCGCGUGGCGCGCGCAAGGCCGCCGCCGCUGACGGCCGCCACGCGCGCCAUGUCCUACGCCGGCGUCGCCAACACCAACCCCUUCCUCGCGCCCCAGCCCACGCCGAUGUAAAUG